AGCAAGUGUGGCGCGGAGAGUGGGAGAGCUGCGCAGCUUCAACUCCCCGGCUCCAGCUCCCCACUGCUGGAGUCCAAGACCCGGAGGCAGCCAUGAACAGCGAGGAGCAGUACUACGCAGCUACGCAGCUUUACAAGGACCCGUGCGCGUUCCAGCGGGGCCCCGCGCCAGAGUUCAGCGCCAGUCCCCCAGCGUGCCUGUACAUGGGCCGCCAGCCCCCGCCGCCGCCGCCCCCGUUCCCGGGGACCCUGGGCGCUCUGGAGCAGGGCAGCCCACCCGACAUCUCCCCAUACGAGGUGCCUCCCCUCGCCGACGACUCCGCGGUGGCGCACCUCCACCACCUCCCAGCUCAGCUCACGCUCCCCCACCAGCCCGCCGGGCCCUUCCCGGACGGAGCUGAGCCAGGAGCCCUGGAGGAGCCCAGCCGCGUCCAGCUGCCUUUCCCGUGGAUGAAGUCCACCAAGGCUCACGCGUGGAAAGGCCAGUGGGCAGGCGGCGCCUAUGUUGCAGAGCCAGAAGAAAACAAACGGACACGUACUGCCUACACGCGUGCGCAGCUGCUGGAGCUGGAGAAGGAGUUCCUGUUCAAUAAAUACAUCUCGAGGCCCCGCAGGGUGGAGCUGGCCGUCAUGCUGAACUUGACCGAGAGACACAUCAAGAUCUGGUUCCAAAACCGCCGCAUGAAAUGGAAAAAGGAGGAGGACAAGAAGCGUAGCUGCGGGCCAGCGGCUGGGGGUGGCACAGAUGCUGACCCGGAGCAGGACUGUGCAGUGACCUCCGGUGAGGAGCUGCUGGCGCUGCCACCGUCGCUGCCCCCCGGUGGUGCUGUGCCGCCCGCUGUCCCCGCCGCCACCCGAGAAGGACGCCUGCCGCCUGGCCUUAGCACGUCACCACAGCCCUCCAGUGUCGCGCCCCUGCGACCUCAGGAACCCCGAUGAGAGAUGGGGGCUCCUCCUGGCCAGGCGGCUUCAACCACUGGGAAAGAGGGGGAGCAGUGGUCGGACCCUGGGUGUGGACAACCAGCCCUAGCCCCCUGGCUGUUCAAGGAGCCAGGAACUGCCUUGGCCAACCCGGAUGGAAGGGGAGAACUCGAGUUCUCAGGCGCCUGUGCCAAUUGGGGCGCCUUGGGGAGACACUGGCAGACCUUCUGGAAGGAGAAGAAAGGUUUUCUGUAAUAUCUGGGGCCUCUUCCGGUGAUAUUGUUGGACUGGCGACAUCUGUUGCUGCUGCUGUGCAGGUCCUAGCACUCCAGAACCAUGGACCUCUUUAGAGAAGCCAGCUCUUCAAAAGACCUCAAGCUGGAAUGCUCCCCAACACACUGCAAGCGGGCUAGAUGGGGGGGUCUUAAUCUGUCCUGAAACAGAGCCAAUUUUACUCAGGCUUCCGCCUUAAAGCUUAGAAAUAAUUGAAAGGAAACUUCUAAGGUUUCAAAGACCUAGUGAAAUCGAUGCCCAUGAAAUAGAGUAAUUCCUCCUC